GAGACAAUUCGUAUACCAUAUAAUAUACGCGUAUAUCUUAAACUUUGCCUUUUGUUUGCCACUAAAGUUGUCAAUAGAUAAGUUUACAGUCUAUUCAAGAGUUAUCCAAUAUGUGCUGGUCUAUUAAUUAUAUUAAUCGUACGAUUCGUGUUAUUCUGGACAUAUUUGUCAGAGUAAUUGGUUUAUUAUAUCCGUCUAAUCAGCGAUACUUACCGCCCAUUACUGACAGACUUUUGUUGGAACCGGCGAUCAAUUUAGUGAAACUUAUCAAAACUGGACGAUUGAAAUGUGAAGAUCUGGUCAAAGCGUACGUCGAUCGCAUCAAAACAGUUCAGCCGCACAUAAAUGCUGUGAUCGAUGAACGCUAUGAACUGGCCGUAGAAGAGGCCAAAGAAGUCGAUAAACAGGUCACUCAUGAGCUUCAGGGCAAUGAACCACUCAAUGGAGUGUCCAUCCAUUCACAGCCACUGUUAGGCAUUCCCUUUGUAGGCAAAGACUGUAUUCCCAUCAAAGGUCUCUUCCAAACCACUGGAUGUCCCGCUCGAAAAGGUAUUAAAGCCACAGAAGAUGCAACUGUUGUGAAAUAUCUUCGAGAUGCCGGUGCUAUACCUCUUGCUAUGACAAAUGUGCCGGAAUUGCUACUGUCUUGGAAUACAUACAACAAACUCUAUGGACAGACAUACAACCCAUACGACAAGUCUAUAAUUCCUGCGGGUAGUUCUGGUGGCUGUGCAUCACUAGUGUCAUCGGCCGGUGCUAUUAUGGGCAUCGGAUCAGAUAUCGGGGGAUCCAUACGAAUACCUUCAUUCUUCUGUGGUUUGUUCGGUCACUGCAUUACUCACGAACUGAUUCCCAAAGACAAUCAUUGGCCGCCAUUUCCCGAAGAAAUGAUGAAAUAUUACACAUAUGGACCGAUAGUCCGAUUCGCGACUGAUUUGAAACCAAUGGUCAAAUUUUGCAAAACACUUUACGGCGGCUCUGAUCACACGAUUACGGCUCUUGUUAUGGCUGUGGCUAUGAGACUGAGUAUCAGUGAACAGGAAUCACAAGAAUAUCUCAAAAUACGGGAUGAGUUAAAGGCAGAACUGAACGAACUCUUAGGAAAUGAUAACAUUUUGUUAUUCCCAACUCAUCCGGACAAUUGUGUCAAACUGAAUGCCACAAUCAUUAACAUGAAGAACACCAGUUACACAAUGGUCUUCAAUAUACUGGAUAUGACUAUAACUCAAGUGCCGAUUGGACUCAACUCCAGAGGACUUCCACUGGGAGUCCAAGUGAUCGCCAAUGCAUUCAAUGAUCACUUGACUAUAGCUGUGGCGGAGGAACUGGAGAGAAGGUUUGGCGGUUGGGUUCCGCCCACGAAAGUUCAAUAUGAAUAAAAUGCACACAAAUUUGAGCU